CGCUAUACACUGAUACAAGCCCAAUGGUCAUGAACAUUUUCGAAGCAGACUUCAACUCUAAUUCAAUGAAGGAAUCGGAGCAAUCAUUUAACAAAGGAGCAUUUCCAACUUUUAAUCACAUGUUUAACACAAAUUCCUUCUUUGGACACAAUCCUGAAGAAAAUACGGGUUCUUACGAUCCAUUUACUGCCAGAGAAAUCAGUUCUGAUCUGCCCAACUCUAAUUUUGAUAGUUCUUUUCUCAACAAGGAUUCUCCAUCUGAAUCAUCAUUUUUUACCAAUCACAGCAACCUAUUUGAGGAUCAACCUAAAUCAUGGAACCAGCAAUGGUCCAACGGAGACCCUGUGGACACUUAUACAUAUCAUAGUCUACCAACCUCAACCUGCUUUGGACUGCCGGAUAAUCAGAAUAGUUUGAUAUCUUCAUCACCUGGGCAAUCUCGUAUUAUGGGUUACUUGAAUAACACCCCUCCAUUAUCUACUCCACCAUCAACCAUAUCUCCUACCCAUAAUAUCGAAUCGAUGAAAGUUCGAGAUUUUCUUAAUCAUCCCUCUGGAAGCCUGACUAAUUUGGAGCCUUCUUCUUCUUCGUCGGCUGUGCCUAGUCAGACUGCACCUAAUGGAAAGGAAGAGUUGGUUGUAUAUCAACGGGAAAGCUCGGAGUCAUUUUUCACUGAUUUCUUUACCCCAAAUUUCCAAUCAAUGUCGAUAGAUGAUGGGAAGAAGCUUUCAAGUGAAUCUGUUGAGUCUGACAAUCAACCUAUUAACGUGUGGGAUUCUUUAAAUACUAUUGAUCUGAAUGUGGGAUUAUCUACAUCAGCACCGUCAAAUAUACCCUCUAAAAAUGCUUGGAGCAAGCCUCUCAAGUUUGAACGAUCAACAAAUGCUAUUAAGAAGUCUAAAUCUAGUUCUACUGCACAACAAUUUAAAAAGCAAUCUCCUCCUUACCUGGACCAGAGGCAAAGAAUUCCUGAGCCGGUACCUGAGCCAGUCGUUACUGCUUGUGUUGGCAAGAAAGUCAGCGAGCUGGACGAUUUUGAUUAUUCCAUGCCUAAGAGAUCUGUCAUUACUAAUGUUAGACCCGGUGGAUUUCAGGUUGUGUGCAACAAGAAGUCCAAGUCCAACAAGCCGGUCAAUAAGAUGCCUUCUCAGCCGCCUGCUGGUGUAGAGAAGUGUAAUUACGGGGGGAGAUGUCUAUUUGGUAUGGAAUGUAGCAGAUGGCAUUCUCCUGAAGACCAUGAUGAGUUUAACAAACAGAAACUUCCUAAUGGAUCUCGUAAAUGCCCCUGGGGAGUGAAAUGUUUUAGAAAGUUAAAAUGUAUCAACUUCCAUUCCAAGGAAGAGCUCGAACAAUUCAAACAGCAAUAAGGUCGCAUCUCGUAUCGAAGAUCAAGCAUUUUCUCAAUAAGCUGUCGUUAAAAACAUUUAUACUUUAAAACAAUAUAUAUGCAAUUUAAUUUAGCGUUAAUUAAUUGGUUCCUUUAUCCGGACCGAGAUAUGAUACAAAUAUUAUCUUGUGUUUCACAUUUACUUUUACUAGUUUCCAUAAUUUUUAAUCAAUCUUUCGUAAGAGGUCUCAAGCUCUCCUUUAUUUUUGGGAGCAAGACUUUUGCUAAUGUUUAAUAAAGCAAAUGGUGUGAAUUUUCAAUUAUACACUUCAAAACUUACCCAAUAAA